AUUGUAUUCGACGUUUUUCUUCUUCAAUCUCGGCUAAAUUCGUUCUUAUCUUCGUUCUGCCAUGGAAGCCUCCUGGAUCACAUGUUUUUAUUUAUAGUUUUGUCGUGAAUUCGUUUAUGAAAAUCGUGUGUGUGCAAUGUAUAAAAUUAUUACAGUCUCCCUAGUUAAAAACUAAUGAUAUAUGGUCAUAUAGAAAGUAUAACAGCAAGGUUCGAAAAUUUUGGAAUGAUUCACACAUUAUUAUGCCGCUUUUCGAAACAAUUAUUUAAUUCUUUUCCUCUUUUUGGCCUUUUCUCUAAAUCGUACUUUUGGUUCUUCUAAUUCAAAUCUCUUUCAAAUUCAUUGCCGCCUAUUGAUUUCACAUCUUACGAAUCAAUUCAAUUACACAAAUCUGGAAAAUAUUUUGAAUCUGUAAAAAUUGAUUCAAAAACGUUGCAGUCGCAUUUUAAAAAUUAAAACAAAAACGAUAUAUUUGCUGUUUAAUUAAGAUAUAUUAAAUUAUUAAAUUAAUGCGUAGUAUUAUGUAUGUGGGAACCGCGUAGCUGGAAUCACCGUUUGCGGCACUUGUCGACGCUCCCGCCGGAUAUUUUGCGGAUAUUUUACUUAUUAUUAAAUUAGUGGAAGCUAGUCGCGCUGCAGAGCGCGUGUUAGUUACACCCCGUUUAAAAAUGGGUUCGUGUUCUUUAGAGUUACGCGUAUGGGUGACACGUUUCAUGUAACCUGCAUUAUCAGGGGUGGAAACUUGUAGAUAAAUACUGAUUGAAUUGUCCCCACCCAGUUACAUUUCUAGUAUUUAUAUGUAACGUUUGUUGUUGCAAAAUAUUAAUAACUUCAGUUUUGAUUCGUUUUUGUAAGCGCCCAUAUAUCCGAAAAAGCAAAAUGGCAUCAUCUCUGGCUAAUAAGUCGCAUAAAGGUUAUAGGAGGACAGAAUCAAGAAAUAAACAUUCGUGGUGGUGGGAUAGCCACAUUAGUCCCAAGAACUCCAAAUGGCUGGCAGAAAAUCUGGAGGAAAUGGACCAAAGUGUGAAGCGAAUGUUGAAGCUGAUUGAAGAAGAAGGCGAUUCGUUCGCCAAGAAAGCCGAGAUGUAUUACCAAAAGAGGCCAGAACUCGUGUCUCAUGUUGAAGAGUUCUACCGGAUGUACCGAUCGUUAGCGGAGCGGUACGAUAAUGUCACCGGUGAGUUACGAAAGAACAUCCCCUCGGAUCUCCAAUCUCAAGGCUCGGGAAUCUCCGAUGUCGGUUCUGAACCACCCUCGACGAUCCCGUCUUCGAACCAACGGGUCCGGUCCGGGAGUCGAGCUGCUGGUUUUGAUGUCUUCCUUAAAAGCGGUGGAAGUAGCUCGGAUUUGGGAACCAAAGAAGGAGACGAGACGUCGACAUUGGAUUCUGAAUCGGAAUCCGACGAUUCAUCUGUGAAUAACUACUCGAGUGCAUCGGCAAACAGCGAUCGCCAUGGGUUGCGUAAGAGAAUCACCGAGUUGGAAACCGAGCUUCGGAAGUUUCAGAUGCAACAAGAAGAAAAUCUCGGUGGAUCUCACAAGAAUACAAUAAAGAACGAAAGCACCGAAGAAGAACUGCGAAUUGCUAACGAAAAGAUACGAGUUUCAGAGGAUGUUAUAGGAAAAUUGCGGAUCGAGCUUCAAAAGUAUGAAUCGAUGUCACCUCGACCUCCGAUGAUCAAUGACGGUUUGGAAGCAGAAUUCUCGGAGCAAGAACACACAAUCCAGGCACUCAAGGUCGAGCUGAAAGCAACCAGAGAAAAACUUAAUAAUUCAGAGGAAGAAGUGAAAAGAUUGAGGCAUGAAAUUGAGAACAAUGGUUCCUCAAAUAAUCAUUUACAGGAGAAGCUGGGAUCAGCCCAGAAGGACAUUUCGGGUUGGAAAUCGAAACUCGACAAAGAGAAAAGAGAAGUAUCAAAGCUGCAGGAUCGGAUAACGAGAUACAAAGCGAAUCUAGCGGAACGUGAUCGAGAAAUCCGGGCUUUGCGAGAAACGCUAUCGAACGCAAACAAGAGCUUGUCCGAAGAGAAUCUGCAGCUUCAAGAACAAGUCACGAAAAUGUUAAAAGAACGGGCGCUGCUUGACGACACCAUCAAAGAAUGGGAUUUACGUUGCCAAUGUUCCGAAGAAGAGCUCCGGAGGAUGAAGAUUGCCAAAAUGGAAAUGGAAUUGGAUAUCGAGCUGUUGAAUUCAGAAAAAGACGAUCUCGUGGUUAAAGUCUCGGAAAUGGACCGAGAGCUGAGUUCGAAAGACGCUGAGAUGGACCGUUUGAGCCGGCAUUUGCACCAAUUACACUUGGAACAUGUACAGUUGGUUGACGGGAUCGAGAAAUCGAAAAAGUCGAUCGAGGAAUUAACGUGCAGAAGCGAAGAACUCGAGAGGGAAACCGAGAGGCAACGGGAAGUAAUUAAAGAAGGAGCGGAGGAGAAACGAGAGGUAAUACGACAACUGUGUUUUUCCCUCGAGCAUUACAGAGACGGAUAUCAAAUGCUAAGGCAGGCUUUCGUGGGUCAUAAUAAACGACAUCCGGUCAUGGCAUCGUAGACGAUGGAGCGGAGUCGAAGCAUAAGUUAUGUAAUUGUGUUUGUGGUGUUUUUAUAGUUGGUAUGAUUAUGGGUUCGUUUUCGAGUGUGUAACAAAGCAAAGGCUUCCUUCAGGCUUGGAUGUUGACGUAUCCUGGUGAUGGAUUUGGAUGUCUUUCUGUGUACUGUAUUUAGUUUUUGCAAUACGGUUUUUUUGUGGAAGAGAGAAAAAAAGUCGCAUGUUCCAAAA